GCGACUCGAGAGGGCCAGGGCAACACGUUGUCGUUCGGCACCAAAGUCACCCUGUCUGGCUUAGGCUAUCGAGUAGCAACCACUCGCGGACGGGCCUCAAUUUUCACGCAAUAUGGUCUCAUUGUCAAAUAACGUGUACUUGUGCAUGAUGAUGGUCUCCGACAUUUCCUUCCAGUCUCUAACUUUUCAAUGUGCGAUGAAGCGGAGAUUGUCCUCGGAAUGUGGCGCUAUCACCAAUAGGACAAUGUCGCGGAUUCGAUCAGUGCGAUCCUUCAAGGCGGACUUGGCUGCUCGUCGACGAGAUAACACGUCCGUGGCAGAUGGAUUGUGGUCGCGGCGUACGAUGGAUGCUAGGCUAGAUGAAGACAUCGAGGCACCUUCCUGGACGGUCACUGUCUCCGUCCUCGGCAUAUCGGGGCCUGGGACAUAUGUGGCCUUGCUCCGACCAUUUUCCAUGGUGCAUCGUCUCCGGUUGCGAGGUCGUCAGAAAGGAGUUUACACCAGCUCUAUUCAUGAAGACUUGUGCUUCCUCUUGCCUCAGGACCACGACUUUUCCAUCCAUAUCCCGAUAUCCCCACUUGUCAUGUAGGAUACUAUCAUAUGACUGUCGAGCAAGAUUCGGCUGGGGCAUCAUCAUCAAGAUGGG